CGCGACUUGUAUUCAAUUGUAGCUCGUUGAGUUUCGCGCUAAGAUGAAGAGUGUUUUGUUUGCGUUAACAGUGCUGACUGUCUUUGGCUGGCGCUUGCAGCUGGCCAGCGGCAGCUGCGGGCUGUGCCAGUCCAGCAAUGAUGUCGCCUGCAUUAAUCAGACGGCAUAUCAUAUGUGCUUUGGAAAGGAGACGCCGGACCAGAGUCAAAUCUUCCCUUGCCCCGACGGUCUGGUCUGCACGGAUAAGCCGCAAGUCUGUUUUCAACGCUCCGAAACGCCAGCCAGCUGCGGCGACACCGACAGCUGCGGCCGGUGCAAUGCGAACAAUGUUUUUGCCUGCACCUCACGUACCACGUUCGCCUUUUGUUUUGGCGCCACGACGCCCACAACUGUGAAUGGCACCUGUCCCGCCGGACGCUUCUGUGAUGCGUCCAGUGCUAACUUUUGUGUCGCAAAAGCGACGGAAGAUUCGAUCAUCUGCCAUUUGGAUUAAGUAAAGCGAUUUUCGCAUGGAAUCAAACUGUAUUUUUACUCAAUUAUUUCGUAAAAUUUCGAAGCAGUAGGAGAAUUUAUUGCGAGUAAAUAAGUGUAAUUAAGUGUUUAAAUAA